AUGCUCCCAUGUCGAUGCUCCGAAUCAGCAAUGUGUCGUCCAAACUUGGAUUCAUCACAAUGUGGCCCGAUGUGUCGUCUCAAGAUUGGAGUGGGGCUUUUCGAUACGUAUCGGUGUGAUAGGACGAUUAACCUCGGAAUGUCGCUGGCGAACAUGUCGAAAGCAUUGAAAUGUGCCAACAAUGAUGACACGUGUAUGAUCAAGUAUGAGGAAGGCGACAGCGACAGUAUUACGUUCACAUUCGCCGACACGAAGAGAGACAAUCACCAGGACGUUCACAGUUCAAACAUGAAUGGAUAUCGACAGCGAGCAUCUGGGUAUUCCCGAGCAAGACUAUGCUGUUGUGUGCGAAAUGCCUGCAUCGGAAUUUCAGAAGACGUGCAAAGAUUUGACCAUGUUCACUGA